AUGGUCGUCAGGGUCCAGUAUCAACCACCCAACUCUCCCUCCCCUCCUCAUCCGCGCAUCCCAAGCUCGUUCAUGCGCAGCACCCAACUCUCCCUCCCCUCCUCAUCCGCGCAUCCCAAGCUCGUUCAUGCGCAGCACCCAACUCUCUCCAUCCCCUACUCACCCGCGCAUCCCAAGCUCGUUCAUGCGCAGCACCCAACUCUCCCAUCCCCUACUCACCCGCGCAUCCCCCUCUCGUUCAUGCGCAGCACCCAACUCUCCCUCCCCUCCUCAUCCGCGCAUCCCAAGCUCGUUCAUGCGCAGCACCCAACUCUCCCAUCCCCUACUCACCCGCGCAUCCCAAGCUCGUUCAUGCGCAGCACCCAACUCUCCCAUCCCCUACUCAUCCGCGCAUCCCAUGCGCCUCCAUGCGCAGCUCCCAACUCUCCCUCCCCUACUCAUCCGCGCAUCCCAUGCCUGUGCAUGCGCAGCUCCCAACUCUCCCUCCCCUUCUCAUCCGCGCAUCCCAUGCCUGUCCAUGCGCAGCUCCCAACUGUCCCUCCCCUACUCAUCCGCGCAUCCAAUGCCUGUCCAUGCGCAGCUCCCACCACUCCCUCCCCUACUCAUCCGCGCAUCCCAUGCCUGUGCAUGCGCAGCUCCCAACUCUCCCUCCCCUUCUCAUCCGCGCAUCCCAUGCCUGUCCAUGCGCGGCCUAUCCCACACCACACUCCUCCACUCAUCCGCCAGAUGCACGGCGUGCAUACACAUACAUCGAUGGCGUUUAACUGGAUCGAUGCUGCCCACGCCGUCGCUUCUGACUCCGUGACCCAUGCGUAG